AAACUGACCACGGAGCACAUUGUGCAGACUGACUCAGUGAGUAAACGUGUGGAAAUUGUUGCACUCUGCUAUAUUGCUUAUUUGAAUGUAUAUUUUAUCUUGAAUCAGACAUGGCAGAUGCAUCAGACAAUGAGGAUUACAGAGAGAAAGUUGAUGGAGGAGUGCUUGAUUUAUCGUCCAAAGAUCUUUAUAGAGUGCCCCCUCAGAUAGUGAAUGGGAUUGGUCCAGAUAUCACCAAAUUAGUGUUGGAUUUCAAUGAUAUCAAAGAGCUCCCAGCCUCUUUUGGAGAAGUUUGCAUAAAUCUACAAGUUCUUUCCUUGGUGGGGAAUCUCCUGACAGAAUUGCCGCCAAGCAUAGGAAACUUGUCUCAGUUGAAGGAUUUACAUAUGAAUGAGAAUAACCUUAAGAUUCUGCCAGACUCCUUAUGUCGUCUGUGUGACUUGGAAGUUUUGAAAUUAACAGGUAACCAACUUCAAGUGCUUCCAGAUAAUUUUGGUGAAAUUCGGAGUUUAAAGAUAUUCUAUUGUGAUGAGAAUAGGUUGGUAAAACUUCCGCUUACUCUUGGGUUGUUAUCAAAACUUCAGGUUAUGGAAUUGGAGGAUAAUUCCCUUGUCGUCAUUCAAGAGGGCAUAGGUCAAUUAAGGUCAUUAAAGAUAUUUAAUGUGUCAAACAACAAACUGGAGAAGAUUCAUGAUAGUUUUGGUGAUCUCGAAAAUCUUGAGGUUGUGGAUCUCUCAGGAAAUCAUAUGGAGAAUUUACCGCAUCAUUUUAAUUCUGCCCACUGUGUUCUGAAAUUUUAUGCUGAUCGGAAUAAACUGACCGAUGUCCCUCUCUGGUUAGCAGACAUGAGGGAGGCUUUGGAAAUUUCCAUGAGUGAUAAUCAAUUUUCUAAGUGUGCCUUGAGUGAAAAAAUGGGCUCAACUUGUUCCAAGCUCACCCUCCUAGACAUGGGAGGGAAUUUUAUGGAUAGGUUACCAGAUUCCUUUGGAAGCAUGAACAAUAUAAGGACCCUCAAACUGGGAAGCUGUAUAGGUGAAUUGGAGAGAAGAGCCUUCCAAAAUGGCAACUGGUUAACCUACCUUCCUGAAAGUUUCUGUGAUUUGACAAAAUUGAGUGCUUUAUAUCUUGAUGAAAACUUGCUUCAGGAACUACCAGAGAAUUUUGGAAAUCUUGUAAACUUGGAAUUCCUUGACUUGGGUCAGAAUGCGCUGCAUGAGCUACCAGACUCUUUCUGUAAGCUGAAGUCUUUGAAAGUCUGCCAAAUGUCAAAAAACAAGAUUCAGAUUCUUCCUUCAGAGUUUGGUGACCUUUCUGCACUAGAGGAUCUACGUCUCGAUAAUAACCUGCUAGAAGAGCUGCCACAGUCUUUCAACAAACUGACAGGUCUGAAGUCAUUAGAUUUAUUCAACAAUAAGUUGACAGAAAUCCCAGAUGCCUUGAAUAACUUCAAACAAUUAGUUCGACUGGACUUGUCAGAGAAUCGAUUCAACAUUCCUUGGUAUGACGUUCCCCAAAUAGUAACGCAAUCAAAGUACCCCCAGCGAGACCCAGAACUGAAGGAUAACUGGAGGGGCAGGGCUAGGCAAGAUUUGUCCAUGUUGGGGGAUAAAGUCAUAAAGGUAGAUGUAUCUGAGGAAGGAGUGGACUUUGAAGCCCCAGCCAAGGACUUGGGAUUCAGUGAGAACCUGCUGCGGGAUGCUGUGGACCACGGAAUGUCCUUCUGGAGAUCUCACGAGGGGAAAGGGAGGAGACAGAAGUUUGUGCGUAAGGAUGAUUUUAAGUUCCUGGAGGUUCGGAACAGGAAGUAUUACAGGGGAGAUGAAAAGGAGGAGGAAGAGAGUGAGAGUGAAAAGGAAGAGGAGGAAAAUGAAGAAGAUGAUUAUGAACCUCCCAUUUUUCAGCCCAGGAAUGUUACUGAACCUGUGUCAAACACCAUGGAUGAUGGGUAUAAAGCCAUUGCAGGGGCAAUGGAAGGAGAAAACUGGGAUGAUGAGCUGGAAGAGGUGGUUGAUCCCUUCAAUAUUCAGUAUGAUGACAACUACUUCAACAACAUCUACCAGCAUCCACGACCCAAGACUCUGGCAGAGGCAGGGUAUGUGGUGGAUGAUUAUCUGUGUCUUCCAUAUGACAUCCACGUACAGCCAGUGUCCAAAUACAGAGCGGAACAACAGAUCGAGGAUGGCCAGUUUGAUGAUGAUUCGGAGGAAGAUGGCACGUGAUGAUCGGAUUGUAUGGAGAAAUGAUGGAUGACUACUCAGGGGAAAAUGACAUGUGGUGGUUAAGCUUGUAGAGAAUUGAUGGGAGACUCUGUUGUUUGAUGAUGAUUUGGAUGAAGAUGGCACUUGAUGAUUGGAGCAUGCAAAGAAAUGUUGGAGACUUUCUUUUAUCAGUUGUUGAGUAUAGCAUGGCUACAGAAGUAAUAAAGACAUGCAUGCCUGUACAAGAGAUCUUCAUGGCAGAAAUUAGGAAAAACUCAUUUGAAUUUCAAUUACCGAAGACGUUGUACUUGUUUCCUGUGAGGAAAUUAGGAAAACCUAUUUUAAAUCUCAACAGAACACUGAUACAUAUGUUUAUGCUUGUUAUUAUUAUGCAUGUGAAGAUAAAAGAUAUACAUCCUAAGAGGAAAUUACAAAGUAGUAAAAACUGCUUUUGAAUCUCGAGUGAACUGAUAAAUGAUCCAGGAUUUUAAUCUGUAUGGAAAAUAGAAAUGCAGAUCUGAAUCUUGAUGUUGGUUAAUGUAGAAGCAGAUGUGUAGGAGUGGUGAUACAAACAUUUUUAGACCUGUUGAUCAGCACUAUUGGCAGUCCUUUAAAUGACUUGAAUCUUAUGUCCAAUCUGAUUAAAAUCAGAUCCUUUGAUCCGCUCACGAAGAUUGCUACCUAGUGUAGCGAUCUUCGUGAGCGGAUCAAAGGAUUUGAUUUUAAACAGAUUGAUUUUAUGUCUUGCUCUUAGGCUUAUUUUGGUCAAGAAACUAAAAAAGAAUUAUUUUGAAUUUCCAAUGCUUGUUUAAUUUAAAGAAAACCAAAUAGGACUGUUUUCAAGUAGAUUUUAAUAAUUUCAUUUUUCUACUGACAUUAAGAAAUGUACCCAAGUCCUUUGGAAAACUGAACAAUUACCAUUAUUUUUGAUGCAGGUCAUUUUCACCCAUAUAAUUGAAAAUUUAAUCAGCAAUGUCUUUCAUUUUUAUGGCAUUAAAAUGUGUUUGGAGGAUUGCAUAUAUUGCAGUGUGUAAUAUCUGUGUUGAUUUGACUCUACUUUUUUUCUGGUAAUCUCAAUAACUUUCAUUGCAUUAUUUAGUACUGGUAAUUUGGAAAUUAUUUGUAAUGAUUAGAAUAUUUGUUUCUGUGACUUUUACUUGCGAUAUUGUUUGAUAAAGGUAAAGUUUCACAUACAGACACUCAGUCCAAUAUGAAUAUUUAUUCAGCAAAAUAAUUGUUUGAUGAAGGUUAUAUGUAGGUAUACAUACACCCUUCACUCCAUUUAUAUAAAGGUAUAAUCAUGCACAUCAUUCCACAGCUUGUUUUUUUUUAUUUGAUUUGUUGUCUUUUGUCCCAAAUCUGCUUUACAUAUUUUUAUGCUUGACUGGGUUUGAUAACAGAAGGGAUUAUUCAAUCAUGGACGGAAAAAUUAGUUUAACAUUUACAAUGAAGUACAUGUAUCAAGAAGUUGUGAAUGCAAAAGAAAUAUAGGAACAGAUCAUUUCAAAUCAAUUUAAAUUAAGAUAGAAGUGAUCCAAUAGUAUGAUUAAAUUGAUUGUAUGUUGAUUUUGUUUUAAUUGAAACCAUCCAUUUUAUUUGUAAAAUUCAGUUGAUUUAAAAUCACUGUCAUGAUGUUGAUAUUUUUUAAAAAUAAAUUGUGAGUUGUAUUUUCCA